AGAUAUCACUAAAAGAUGAAAAUUGAUGUUUCAAACAAUAAAUUGUUGUAUAUUGGAGNACACCACAUGUUCAAAUCACCGAGCCGAAGAACUCAAUACUUCUGCGAGGAAUGCUACAUUCUCAUUGACGAGGAUGAGCCAAUUAUGGARGCUCUGAGUGGCCAGUCWGGAACAUACCUUGAACACAACAAAAAUAUUCAAAAUGGAGAGGGACAGCAGGGUGGAAGAUGCAAAAUUCUACCCCUCCCCACCCCUGUGUCUAUUAGUAGAAGUGGAUCAAGUGGUGGUGAAGGAUCAGAUMARGAUGAUGCAGGCUCAAGUAGUCCGGUCAGCAGUCUAGAAAGACGGCAUGCACACUCUAARACCAUGUCUACACGACGYGUCUGCUGGCACAGACAUACAAGUAUAAGUAUGACAGAACAUGCACUCUCUGUUCGGAAUCAGAUGAGUGGUGAUCUUCUUCGUAAAUUUAAAACUGGUAACCGAUGGCAAAAGCUCUGGGUUGUUUUCACAAAUUUUUGUUUAUUCUUUUACAAGACUCAUCAAGAUGAGUUUCCUCUUGCAAGUUUACCCUUGAUUGGUUAUACUGUUGAUCAACCUAUUCCGGCUGAUAAUAUCGAUAAACCAAUGGUCUUUAAACUACAAUAUAAAAGUCAUGUGUAUUUUUUCAGAGCUGAAAACGAAUAUUCUUACUACAGAUGGAUGGAAGUAAUUGCAAGUGCAACGUCAAGCUCAACGCGGUCACGGAUAUUCAGUCGAAUGGAGAGUCUUGAGUAGUGAAUAUUGUAUAAAUGGAGCACAGAAAAUUGCUCUCAAACAUUUUAUAAGCGAAUAUAGAUGCGGAUACUUGGUUGUAACAACUCAUUUAUAGAAGAUGAAUAGGGAGGGGUGGCUAAUGGKUAAAAACAUAUCUAUCAUUGCAYCRACUWCCCCUCKCCWUAUUCWACAUUAAGACAUUGUAAAAGCUGAAAAGCUGCAUAUAACAUCCACCUCUUAUGAAGCAGGGAAAUUAUGUAGAAACUCUAGUAAUUUGGACUUCAGAGUCAUGAACUGUAAAGUCUGCAUUAACAGGGUUUAUUUUAGCCUGUCUACAUCCGUUCCCGACCCCUCCCCAUGUAUAAAAAAAAUCCUCGAAUUUUCCACUCAGGGGGGUGGGGUGGGAACAGAUGUACAUAGGCCAGGUUUCUAUGUUACAAUAAAUUUUGUAAGAAUGACAGGACAAAUCUAGUAMUAAGUACUUGUAAAGUGGGUUGAGUAUUCAUCUAAUAGAACAACAGAAUAGUCAAGUACGUUUUAACUUAAUAUUUCUAUUGUUAUCAAGUAGCCAGAGCACCUUCAGAAGUGCAAACUAUUUUCAUUGCAUGUGGCCCGAUUUCCAUGUCAUGGUAGAUUGGGUACAAGUCCCUUAAUUUGCUGGAUGUUGAGUUAAAACUUAUAUAGAAAACGAUCACACUGUAAAUAAACUCGCAACGUUUGGUGUUAAUCAGAUCAAAUGUGAACGAUUGGUAGCUUUUCAAAACUUCUAGAUUUUACAAAGAAAUGUAUGUGAAUUUAGAAACAUCCAGACAACAGUGUUUGGCAUUUGGAAAUUCUAGCUUUUCUGUACAUCACGCAAUAUUGACCUUAUCAACGCCAAAUUCAGACAGUUAGUGUAUUUCUCAAUACACUGUUUCGUUCUAUAUACUAGGUUGCAUUAAGCUAUCAUGCCAUUAAAUAAGGGACUUAUCUUACAUGGUAUGAAARCAGGCAACUUAUUUUGAAGUGAGUUGUAGUGAAGUCGAAAAACCUGUGAAAAGGGUAAAGUAGUGGUAGUUUUUCAUGGGUUUAAUMAAAGUCUUCAUUCUAGUGUUUUUUGUGCAUUAGUUUCAGAGUCUGUUUUCAAAACAGAAAUCUCGUUGCGAUUAACGAAUUUAGAAUUCUAAUGUAUCAUUUGUAAAAUAAGAAUUAUAGAAUCAAUUAAGGACUCGUAUAUCUUAGCGUAUAAGGUGUAUAUGAGGGGGACAUUCUAAGAUAAAUUAUGGCUAGUUUAUUCAAAGCUGAAUCUAAGGAUCUUUGAAUAGUCUGGACUAGACACUUAUCAUUCUGUAAUGAUUGACACCAUGGAAUUCUGGGACUGUUUAGGAAACAUCUUUAGACAUAAAAGAGUUUAGAUUGCAUUGUAUGGUUUUAUAUGACAUAAAUAUCUUGGGUAGUAUUUAGAAGAUGUUAAAAAAGGUUAAUGUCUCUCAAACAGUCCCACAAUUCAAUGGAAACUUUGUUUGAAAGUGGUGAUUGAAUAAUAGAUUUUCAAGACUGUAUUCUGUUAUUUUUUUAGCAAAAAUUUGUUGAGCAUUUGUUGUAUAGAUAGCAUAUCUGUGAAUUAUAUCAAAACCACUUGACAUGAAUUAGUAAUUCAUCUCAGUGAUGCUUCCACUUUGGUUGUUUUUUGUUUUGUUUUUUGGAUUUUUUAACGAACCAGGAUAUCAUUGUCAGCUCUUUCUUUACUUUUCUCUACUUUUUUGUUGAUGUAGACUGACUGUUAUUUAUAUCAACUCUAAUAAAUAAGUAUUUGUAGAUAAA